UUGUUCGUUUCUUAAAUGAGAUUUUUCACAUUUUAAUAUAUUAGCAUAUACCUUUUUCGAACAGAUAAUCGUUGCCGUUUUGUAGCCAUUUUGCUAUCCGUUGAUAAAUACAAGACAUAUUCGUACCGACUGGUGAACCGCGUACCUCUUGUCACAUAUAAAAUGCUAAUGCUUAUUUCAAUGUUUUGACCGAUCUUCGUCUACAAACCUUUUCUUUUUUUUUUUAACAUAAUAUUAUAUUAAAGAAUGUAUACGUGUAACAAGUACAUGCAUAAUCACGCAUGAUACAGAAUAUCCAAAUGCUGUGAAAAUCAAUUUAAAAGCGAAUAGACGUGAAGGACACAAUCGCAUUUAUAUUUUUCCUUCGAUAUGAUUCUUUAAUAUUGUUUGUACUUUAUUUCACUAUGUGAUUGAAAAAGAUGUAUAUAAUAUUACAGUUUUGAUAGAUAUGUCUUUUAUAUAUACAGAAAACUUAAAGAAUAAUAAAGUAUAUAUUUUGCAAUGUAUAAGGCAAUAUAUUUAUGCACUCUAUAAAAAAGCGCCACUUUUUGGACAUCAGAAUUUAGAACCAAAUCUAUUAUGGAACUGUCACAUGAAAUAUUGGAUACAAUAGAUAUUAACGAUGACAAAGAUGUGAUGGAAGUAUUGAAGCAUGCAAUCACAGAAGAAAACAUUAUAGUAGAAUCAGAAACUACAGAAGAUUCUGUAGAAACAGAAAUAGAAGAAAUUAUAGAAAUAAUAGAAGAAAUAGAAGAGGACAAAGAAGAAUCACCACAGGAUGACAUUAUUCUUAUUGAAAAUAAUAAUGGGAAAAUUAAACCAGAGAUGGAAGUCUAUGCUUUUGACGAAGAUAGUUCUAUAUUUAAGACACAUACUGAUAAUGAACAUGAAAAGAAAGAACAAUAUGAUAAAAGUAGUAAUAAGCAAGUUAUAGCAUAUGAUGUAGAUGAAGAUUGGCAAGACGAAGAUAUGGAAGAAGAAGAGUAUGAACUGAAGUUUGGACAGAGUUCUAAUGUAUUAAAUCACACAGAAUCUUUACAAAGUCAAAGAAUAUCAAGCAGUGAUAAAAAAUAUGUAAAUAAUCAAACAACCUCUUUACCAUUACAAACAAAUAAAACAGAAUCCAGGGAUAAUGUAGAAUCUUCAGACAAAGUAGAGAAAUCUAAAUUAAGCCUAGAGUUUAAAAAUAAUGUGAAUAGCGACGAAAAUAUUGAUAAUAAUGUAAGUCAUGAGAUUGUGAAAAAUGUUGAGAAUAAUCUAUUAUACACUGUUCUUGGUACAAAGAAGCAAAGUUCAGUAAAAACAUUUCAGGCAGAUAAACUGUCGGAUACUCAUUAUAUCAAGGUGGAACAGCUUGACGAACAUACUAUACCAAUUGGAGGAACAAUUUAUUAUGAAGCAGAUAAUAUAGAAACAUUGUAUGUUGCACAAACAGUAGAUGAUAGUGAACAGUAUUAUGAUACUGCAAUAAUAGAAAAUGAAGAGCAAGUAUGGGAAACAAUUAAUUCAGAUACCAAUCAAAACCAGGAGAAAGAAAAUUCUCAGGAUCAAAUAUUUUUACAUGAAGAUGAGGAUGGUCAAUUAUAUUUCAAAGAUGAAACUGGUACUUUACAGCCAGUGUAUUUGACUGAAGAUGGACAUUAUGCUAUUGCAGAAAUCAGUGAUGGUUAUGAGGGCAAAGAAUCACAAAUGAAAUCUGACCAGAAUGCUAGACAAGUAGACGAAGAAUCUUACUCUAUGCCAGAUAGUGAACUCAAAUCUAUUCAUAAUAAUAAACAGAAUUCUGUAAUAUCUGCUGCUGAGCUAGAUAACGAAGAUAAUACUGUGACUAUAUCUCUGAUAAUAUCCGAGGAUGAACAUGGACAAAAAAGAACUCAAGUUAUUAUACCAACAACGGAUAACUUAAAGUGUGAUAUUUGUAAUAAAAGCUUUAAAACGUCGUUCCAAUUACUUCGACACAAUAGACUGAAACACGCUCGGGAAGAAGAUAUUACAACCAGAAAUUUCCCGUGCGAUUUAUGUCCUAAAAGAUAUCCAGAUCAAAAUUCUUUAGCUCGACAUAGAAAGACUCAUACUGGUGACCGACCAUUUCAGUGCCUCGAGUGUCAUAAAAACUUUCCAACAUCUACCGCUCUACGUCGUCACUUGACACUUCAUAAUUCACAAUCUCGACCUCUUCCGUGCAUUUACUGCGGUCGCCGCUUCGUAGAUAAAGCUAGUCUGGUUAAACACGAGCAGUCACAUUUGGCUGGUGAUCAGCGGACCCACACAUGCGAUGUAUGUCAUAAGUCAUUCUUACAUGCAACUGAUCUGAGUCUACAUAAAAAAUAUCAUGAUCCUGAUAAGAAAUUUGACUGUGAGGUUUGUGGUCGAGAGUUCAACAGAUUGAACAAUUUGCAGAGACAUAUGAUGGUACAUCAACAACAAGGGGCGAACGAGGAAAUACUUUCUUGCGACGUAUGUGGCAUCACCUAUAAAUUCAUGAGUUCGUUGACGAGGCAUAUGGUGACGACACACAUGAAUCCAGAAAAAUUAAGGCAACAAGCGGAAGAACAACGAAGGAAGCGUGAAAAUAAUUAUCGUCGUUAUCUAGAAAAUCGAAAAAUGUACGAAACUCAACAUUCAGGAGGAUACGGAACAAAACGGAAUUAUCACAACACACGUAUACUUAGUGGAAGUAACGACGAAGCAGCUUGAUUUGCAUUUUCAAAUCACUCGAUGACCGCUAAGAAAAGUACCAUAAUAAAACCAUAGUUUUUCAAAAUAAAAAGAGACAUAAAUAUGAUAAAUAUUUGCAUAUAACAUAGGGAUAUUUCGCUAUCAUUUUCUUCGCUAUAGAUAAUUGAAUAGGUAAAUAUUAAUUUAAUAAAUAUAUGAAUUGUGUAGUGUUUGAAAUAUUCAUGUAUCUUUA